UUUUUUCGUAGUUUCAACGUAAUGAAUUCAGUUCAAAGUGCCACCGAGCAGCAGGAGCAAAUCGGGUCUUUUAAGCGUAGAUUGCGCAAGCGUCGAAACGUCAGCGUCAUUGACGCGUUAGGCAACACUGGUCUGACGACACUCUUGCAAAAAUCCUACAUAAAACAAUUCUAUUUCGAGAAGCGUGUCGGCAGCGGAGGAGCAGCAAAUCACGAGAAGCAGCAGCCGCAGCAGCAAAAACAGCUGUUCAGUGUUGGCCAAUUUGGAUGAUUAAAGUACAGCAGCAAGCGUCACGUAUUUCACGGCUUACGUCAACGUAAACGUAAGCGUUAUAAAAGCCACCCCACAAACAUAUAUAUGUUAUGUUAUCGAUGAAUUCAGCAAGGAUGUUGCCAUUUGACACUGGCCGCCAUUUUGCAGCGCUUCCCGCAUGCCGCGUGCAACACAAGCAGCCGCUGUGCAGCUGACAUAUCAAAUUAACAAAACAUAAUUUCUCAACUAUAUAAGUAUCUAGUAUAUAAUUUAUAAAUCUCCGCCACUGUAUAUAAAAACAAAAUAAUUGACCAAAAAUGUCAGCGACCCAACAGAGUGAGAGCAUUACCUGUCGGUCGAAUGCGCAGCCAGCAAUGGUGCUGCAGCCCCUGGCGGACGAAACGGGCAGCAGCCGGCAAGCAGCGGAACAAGAGGAAUUAUUACAAUUUUCACGUAUUGCCACCAAAAAUAAUCUUUUAAAGCUUAAUUGGUGGCACUCACCAACGCAGCCCACAAUCGAUAUUGAAGCCUCGUUUCUUGCCGGAGGGGGCACAAACGGUAUGCCCAUGAAAAUUGAUAACAAUAACAGCCUAAGCACGCCGGCAAAAUCAAUUAUAUCGUAUAAUCGCCACUCACGAAAAAAGGACAAAAAUAAUCACCACCAACAAAAACAGCAGCAACAGAUGUCCACAGUUACCGCGGACAAAAUUAACAUUGAUGUUGACGAGGAUUCUGAUCUGCAAGACUCGCAGCUGUUGGUGAAAGAUCCGAAACCAUGCGUGGCACUUUUGAAUCAAGGUCAACCGGAUCAGAUGAAGAUCAGCGGUUAUCGUUUGUCCCAUUUGCGUUCGAUUUUAUGCUGGAUUUGCAUAAUUCUCACGGGUGGCUUGCUGCGACUCGUGUUGCACUGGUGGCGCCACUGGUAUCUGCUUGCCACGUGCGAGUCCUGCUCGCUGCACGAGGCCCAGCAGGUCCUCAUCGAAGAGGACUAUCAGGGCAAUCACAAGCUGUAUCACGUAAAGCCUGUCAGUCUCCUGGAUGUGGAGCAGCUCAAAAAACUAAUGCAAAAGAAAGUGCCUGGCGAGGAUUUCGAUGACAACAAACUUCAACUGGCUGUGCAUUUCUCCUCGGCACACUUUAAAAACUGUCGCUCGUUGAGAAUAAUUCGCUGUAAGCAAUUGAUUUAUGCCUGGGACAGCAGCAUCAACAGCUUCAAUAAAAUCAAUGGCCUUGAUGUGAAUGUGCCCUGCUCCUAUUACCAUCAGCAGCGAGGAUUGAGUCUGCAGGAGCAACUCUCUCGCAGGAUUGUUUUCGGUGAGAAUGAGAUCACCGUUCCACUGCGAGAUGUGAAGACUCUACUAUUUCUGGAGGUCCUCAAUCCGUUCUAUGUAUUCCAAAUAUUUUCGGUCAUUCUUUGGUUUGCCUACGAUUAUUAUUAUUAUGCUUGUGUCAUUGUUCUAAUGUCCGUCUUUGGCAUUUCCAUGUCCAUUAUGCAAACCAAAAAGAAUCAAGAUGUGCUCCAGGAAACGGUUCGCAAUACGGGCAAUGCUUGGAUCGUCAAUUCCAAGGGCAUUUCCAUGGAACUGUCGACUAAAACCUUGGUACCUGGUGAUAUUAUUGAGAUACCCUCAAGUGGCUGCACGAUGCAAUGCGAUGCUGUUCUACUCUCCGGCAAUUGCAUCCUGGAUGAAUCCAUGUUGACGGGGGAAAGUGUUCCGGUUACGAAGACUCCGCUGCCUCAGAAACGCGAUGUGAUCUUCGAUAAGAAGGAACAUGCGAGGCACACGCUCUUCUGUGGCACAAAAGUCAUUCAAACUAGAUACAUUGGCUCCAAGAAGGUGCUCGCCUUUGUCAUCAAUACUGGCAAUAUUACGGCGAAGGGGGGCUUAAUACGAUCCAUUCUGUAUCCUCCGCCGGUGGAUUAUAAAUUUGAACAGGAUUCGUACAAAUUUAUACAAUGUUUGGCUCUGAUUGCAUUGUUUGGCUUUAUCUACACGCUCGUCACGAAGAUCGUACGUGGCACGGAUGCCUUGAAAAUAGCCGUGGAAUCUUUGGAUUUGAUAACGAUUGUUGUGCCACCCGCUUUGCCCGCUGCGAUGACCGUCGGACGUUUCUAUGCCCAGAAGCGGCUCAAAACUUGCAACAUAUUUUGCAUAUCGCCGCGUUCCAUAAACGUGGCAGGCAGCAUUGAUUGCUGUUGCUUCGAUAAGACUGGCACUUUAACGGAGGAUGGACUCGAUAUGUGGGGUGUGGUGCCCAAAUCGUCAACGAAUCAAUUUCAAAUACCACUCAAGGAUGUCAAACGUUUGCCGUGCGAACAUUUUCUGUUUGGCAUGGUCACCUGUCACUCGAUCACCGUGAUGAACGGCGUCAAAAUGGGUGACCCGCUGGACCUGAAAAUGUUUGAAUCGACUGGCUGGCUACUGGAGGAUGCCAAUAAUAUACCAGAGAAUGAAAAAUAUGGACUAAUUUAUCCAACUAUUCUCAGGCAACCUAUUUUAAAGGAAACUGGCAAAACUGAAGGAACUGUGCAACGUCAAAAUUCCGUAGACGAUUUAUUGGCCAAUGUUGGCCUGCUGAAAACAGUCAAAAAUUUCGAUCAUGGCAUAGUGCGUGAAUUUCCAUUUACCUCUAACUUACAGCGUAUGUCGGUCAUAACACGCUGCCUCAACGCCAGCGGUUUUAAUGUGUAUUGCAAGGGGUCGCCGGAGAUGUUGCAACAAUUGUGCCUGCCACAAAGCCUGCCCAACGAUUAUAGCCAACAAUUGUCGAGCUUUGCCAAGAAGGGUUUUCGCAUCAUUGCCUUGGCCUAUAAAAGUUUAAAUCCCCGUUUGAAUUACACAAAAAUUCAGCGAUUAUCACGUGAAGAUGUUGAACAUAAUUUGGAAUUUCUUGGUUUUGUUGUGCUCGAAAAUCGCUUGAAGCCGGAUACGACGCAGGUUAUUAAAUCCCUGAAUCUGGCCAAUAUACGCACCAUAAUGAUAACCGGUGACAAUAUAUUGACGGCCAUGAGUGUGGCACGCGAUUGUGGCAUUGUCAGUGCCACACAAUCGGUGAUAACGGUGCAUGCCGUACCCGAUGCAGGCGGAAUCAAUUUUGAAUUGCAAUACACGCUGGAACUGGGCAGUCAAAAUCUAACCAAUGGCAUCGGAAACUUGGAAAAUGAUUUAACUUUGGACCUGGACUUGAAUAAAUCCACAAAUAAAUUAGUAAAUGGAAACUUGGCAAAUAGCAACAGUUUGACUAGUGUUAAAACCAUUGAGACUUGGACGCAUAACGAGGAGGAGGAGGAACUAGAUUUGGAUGUGGAGCUGGGUGCGAGCUCAGCGAGUAUUAAAUCCCCUGCUCCUUCACUCAAGGACAACAGCUGGCGGCGUCACUAUAUCUUCGCCAUGGAUGGCAAGACUUGGCAAAUUGUGCACGAUUUAUUUCCCCAGCAAAUGGAAAUAAUUUUAACACGCGGCGCAAUUUAUGCGCGAAUGUCGCCGGAACAGAAACAGUCACUGGUUGUGGAACUGCAAAAUCUGGAUUAUUAUGUGGCCAUGUGCGGGGAUGGCGCCAACGAUUGUGGUGCUCUCAAAGUUGCCCACACGGGCAUCUCGCUGAGCGAAACGGAGUCAUCGAUAGCAUCUCCAUUCACCUCCAGGAAUCCAACGAUUUCCGCUGUGCCGAAUGUAAUCAAGGAGGGUCGCGCUGCUUUAGUCACCUCGUUUGGCAUUUUUAAAUAUAUGGCUGCCUAUUCUUUGGUUCAGUUUAUAUCUGUUAUGAUUCUCUAUUCCAUCGAUUCGAAUCUAACGGAUAAACAAUAUCUUUAUAUUGAUUUGGGGCUGAUUUCCAUUUUUGCCUUCUUCUUUGGCAAAACGGAGUCCUUCGAUGGGCAGCUAGUAAAACAGGUUCCACUCAGCUCUUUGAUCUCUCCGACGCCUAUGGCCUCACUCCUCCUUCAUUUGGCGGUGGCAACUGUCUUCCAAGUCGCCGGCUGGUUGCAGUUGCAUCAACAGUCAUGGUUUGAGCCCUUCAAGCCGGGAUCGGAUGAGUCUGAGGAUCACCUGGGUUGUUUUGAGAACUAUACGAUGUUCGCCAUAUCGAGUUUCCAGUAUAUAAUAUUGGCCUUUGUCUUCUCGAAGGGUGCGCCAUAUCGCAAACCGAUCUGGUCGAAUUGGCCAUUAUGCCUGUGCCUGAUUCUCAACAUAAUGAUUGUUGUCUAUUUGGUGGUUUAUCCCUCCCAGUGGAUAGCGCACUUCUUUCAACUGAUUGUUCCGCCCGAUAUGGAUUUUCGCUAUAUAAUGUUGGGUUAUGGUUUGGUCGCAUUUUUAAUUCAUGCUUUUUUGGAGGGUUUCGUUGUGGAAUCUUUGAUCUUCAAGCGUUGCCAGGUACGACGCGAACAGCGCCUCAAAACAUCCAAGCGAAAAUAUAUGCGAUUGGAGUAUAAUAUUAAAUCCUUCGAAAAUUGGCCACCCAUCACACAGGUCUACGAUAUAGCCAACGAUCCGGCCGAUUCAAAUGCCGAUUUGCAGCCAACUUAUGUCAAUUUAAGUGCCGAACAAAAUUUGGAUGCUCAGCCGAGUGGAUUUCCGGGUUUCUUUGAAGCAUCGCCGGAGUAUGUUCCUGAUCCUACUUAUGACCAUCUCUCCAGCUGAAAGCUCACAAAUAUCUAAAUGUAUAUAUAUAGACAUCCAAUAUUGUGUCUAAUUUAAUUUCUAAUUCUAGUUUUAAGCUUGGGUUUAAUAUUUGGAUUUUGUAUAAUUAACUAAGCUUCGUUUGGUACACCUGUACCAAAAUGUACCAUUUAUUAUGAUUGUAGUAGGUACCUAGUUAUAUACGAACUGUACAUACGUACGAACUGUACAUACGUACCAUGGAUGUACCAUGCACCAAAAUCUACCACUUUACAGAUACGUGUACCAUGUACUACUUAUCGUAAUAGGUACUGGGCUAUAAAUUAAUUGCAAUGUUUGUACCAUGUACUAAUUAAUGUGUGCUUAAUUGAAGUUGUACAAUCGUACCAAAGUGUACCAUGUAUCAAAAUAUACCCUUUAUCAUUUACUGAAAUUGUAAUAGGACCUGUAGAUAUAUAUUAAAAUAGUACAUUUAUACAAUAAUUGUACAUAUGUACCAUUUACCUAGUUAUAAAUGCAUUAAAAUUGUACUUAUUGUGUUAUUAUUGUACUUAGCUCGUUUAAGGCCAUAUUACCUAAUGUUUUUUGGCUUUAAAACCGCCAAACGUAUUUACUUAUAUUAUAAAUCUGCGUAGUUAUUUAUGUAAAUAAAUAAUUAUAUAUAAUAGGGAUUGUGUGUGUGAUUAGAUAUAUAAUAUAUAAAAUACUACCUCUACUAAUGAGUACACACACACACAGCCAGAUGCAACUAUUUUCCAGCAUUUCUACUGAACCGCGCUUUAAAUUGUUAUUAAUAUUUAUUAUACAAAUUGAUUUUAUAUGAAAUGCAGUAGUUUGGCUGCUGAAUAAGAAUUCAAUAAAGACGUUAAAAACUUUAA